AUGGCCACGGCUGCGGGGCCCCUCCCGCACCGCCGGCACCGCCCCGAGCGAAGGCGUCCCCAUUUCCAUCGAUCCCAUUUCCACCCAUCCCAUUUCCACCCAUCCCAUUUCCACCCAUCCCAUUUCCACCCAUCCCACCUCCGCUGUGACAAUGCCCUCUGCGUCUCCCCAUGGUCGGGGACACCCAAAGGUGCUGCCCCCAGGGGGUGGGGAUACCCCACUUGGGGUGGGGGUGGUGACACAGGCGCUGUUCCCCCCCGCCCCGCAGCGCUGGCGGCCGCCUCCCCGAGUGGGGACGAGUGUGCGGAGGAGGAGGAGGAUGAGCUGGAGCCGGGGCUGGACGAGGCCGAGCCGGAGCCCGACAGCGGGGCGAGGGCGGCGGGGGGGUCCCGGGGGGCCGUGCUCACACGUCGGGGCAUCACUCUGCGCGUGCUGCUCCGCGAUGGGCUCCUGGAGCCGGGACGUGGGGUCCUCUCCAUCUACUACUUGGGCAAGAAGUUUGUGGGGGACCUGGGGGCGGAUGGGGCCAUCACGUGGCAGGAGACGGGGCAGGUGUUCGGCUCGCCCAGCGCCUGGGCCACGCACUGCAAGCGCCUGGUGAACCCCGCCAAGAAGUCGGGCUGCGGCUGGGCCUCCGUGCGCUACAAGGGGCAGCGGCUGGACCAGUACAAGGCCGCCUGGCUGCGCCGGCACCAGCCCCACACGCCCGGCGACGAGGCGCUGCCCAGUGAAGGCGAGGAGGACGAGCUGCCCGAGGAGGAGGAGGAGGAGGCCGGGGACGGCAGGACACCCGCACCAGAGCCAGCAGCCACCAAGAGAAUGGAGGAGAAGAGCAAGAAGCAGCUGGGCCGCAGCGCAGCAGAGCAGGAGCCCACCCCCCCGGGGAGGAGGCUGGAGAGCAAGGCCCGGGCGCCCGUCCGCUACUGCACGCUGGGCACGCGCGAUGCCGCCAGGAACCCGCAGACGCUGGUGGAGGUGACGUCCUUCGCCGCCAUCAAUAAGUUCCAGCCCUUCAACGUGGCCAUCUCCAGCAACGUCCUCCUGCUGCUGGAUUUCCACAGCCACCUGACGCGCAGCGAAGUGGUGGGGUACCUGGGGGGCCGCUGGGACACCAACACGCAGCUGCUGACCGUGCUGCGCGCGUUCCCGUGCCGGAGCCGCCUGGGUGACGCCGAGGCCGCGGGCGCCGUGGAGGAGGAGAUCUGCCAGAGCCUGUUCCUGCGGGGGCUGUCGCUGGUGGGCUGGUACCACAGCCACCCCUUCGGCCCCGCGCUGCCCUCCCUGCACGACAUCGACGCGCAGAUGGAUUACCAGCUCAAGCUGCAGGGCAGCGGCAACGGCUUCCAGCCCUGCCUGGCCCUCAUCUGCGGGCCGUACUAUCACGGUAACCCCGGGGUGGAGUCCAAGAUCGCGCCCUUCUGGGUGAUGCCGCCGCCGGAGCAACGGCCCAACGACUACGGCAUCCCCAUGGACGUGGAGGUGGCCUACAUCCAGGACGGCUUCCUCACCAACGACGUGCUGCAGGAGAUGACGCUGCUGGUGGAGUUCUACAAAGGAGCCCCCGACCUGGUGAAGUUCCAGGAGCUGUGGAGCCAGGACCAGACCUACCUGGACAAGCUGAAGGGCUCCCUGGCCUCCCGCAGCCCCAAGGACCAGAGCUUCGCCCACAUCCUGGAGCAGAUCUACGGCCUGCUGAGGCACAGCAGCUGAGGGGGGGAGCUGCGAGCAGCACCGUGUGGAUGCGGCAGCGCCUGCUGCUCCCAGGAGCCCAGUGCAGGGACCCGGAGCCGGCAGCUGGGGGCCCAGGGCAGGGCAGCAGUGACAGGGAGGGUGGUGGCGGAGGUGGGGGACGCGUGGGGUCCCAACGCUUUCACAGUGUAACAAAGCACGGAGAAAUAAAUGAGAAAACACA